AUGGGGGGAAGCCUGGGCUGCCACCGCUCCAUCCCCCGCGACCCGGCGGACCUGUGCCACAGCCGCAAGUUCAGCGCGGCGUGUAACUUCAGCAACAUCCUCGUCAACCAGGAGAGGCUCAACAUCAACACGGCCACGGAGGAGGAGCUGAUGACCCUCCCCGGGGUCACCCGGGUGGUGGCUCAGAACAUCGUGGAAUACCGGGAGUACAUCGGCGGCUUCAAGAAGGUGGAGGACCUGGCGCUGGUGAGCGGGGUGGGAGCGGCCAAGCUGGAGCAGGUGAAGUUCGAGAUCUGCGUGAGCAGCAAGGGCAGCUCGGCGCAGCACUCGCCCAGCUCCCUGCGCAAGGACCUGGCCUCUGAGCACCACCUCUCCGCCACCAAGAUCAACAUCAACACCGCCACCCCAGCCCAGCUCAUGAGCAUCCGCGGCGUCACCGAGAAGAUCGCCAACGGCAUCGUGGACUACCGCAAAGAGCACGGCCCCUUCAAAAGUAUCGAGGACCUGGUGAAGAUGGACUGCAUCAAUUCCUCCUUUCUGGACAAAAUCAGGCAUCAGAUCUUUGCAGAGCGGUCCCGGCCUCCUUCGACCAACACCAACGGUGGCCUCAACUUCACUGCUAAGCCUCACCCCAGCCCCACUUCUCUGAGCCUCCAGAGUGAGGACUUGGACUUUCCUCCUGGUGGUCCGACCCAGCUCAUAUCCACUCGCCCCUCUGUGGAGAUGUUUGGUGGGGUGAGAGAUGGGAGACCUGUCCUGAGGGUGGCUACCUGGAACCUGCAGAACUGCUCUCUUGAGAAAGCCAACAACCCAGGUGUGCGGGAGGUGGUGUGCAUGACGCUGCUGGAGAACAGUAUCAAGCUUUUGGCUGUGCAGGAGCUGGUCGAUAGAGAAGCCCUGGAAAAGUUUUGUAUGGAGCUGAACCAACCGACGCUGCCAAACAUCCGCCGGUGGAAGGGCUCUCGAGGAUGCUGGAAGGGUGUUGUUUCUGAAAACCUCUCAGGCCAGCUCCACAAGGGGGUUGAAUACUCUGGCUUCCUCUGGGAUACCACAGCUGGCAUUGAGCUAAAAGAUGCUUCAUCUCAGGAGGCUGCCCAGACUAAUGGCAAUGGGAGGCACCCAUAUCCUCACCCAUACCUGGCACAUUUCAAGGUUGGUUUGAGUGAUCUAACGCUGGUGAACCUGCACUUGGCCUUGCCACCCUCGGCAGGGGACGGCGCCGGGAAGCACCACAACAGCCACAAGCUGGCAGCCUUUGCACAGACUGUGCAGGAGACUCUCAAAGGAGAAAAAGAUGUGAUCAUCCUUGGGGAUUUUAACCAGGCCCCAGACAGCAGCGACCACGACAUCCUGAGGAAGGAGAAGUUCCAGCACCUGGUGCCUUCCAGCACCUUCACCAACAUCAGCACAAAGAACCCACAAGGGUCCAAAUCCCUGGAUAACAUCUGGAUCAGUCGGAGCUUGAAGAAGGUUUUCACAGGCCACUGGGCUGUGGUGAGAGAAGGUCUGACAAACCCUUGGAUCCCUGACAACUGGUCCUGGGGUGGGGUGGCUUCAGACCACUGCCCUGUGCUGGCUGAAUUUUACCUGGAGAAGGACUGGAGCAGGAAGGAGGUGACGCGGAACGGGAACGGGCUGACGGUGGAGCGCAGCGACUGCCACGCCAGGCACGAGCGGUGACAGCCCCUGCAGAGCU